GAAACCUUGACAUCCUAUUUUAUUACUAUAAUCAGAAGACGAGGGGGCAAGCCUUCGAAAUAAUGAGUGAUAAAGAUUGCUGAAAAUCAGCUGUUGCAAGCUGCAUAUCAUAUUCAUAUGUAAAUAGUAUGCAAAAUGCAACAGUAGAAUAUGGAAAAACAAAUCAGAGUUGAAGAGUCUGGGAACGAAGCCCAAGCUGAGAGACCACACCCAAGAUGGCGGCCAUCAAUAGGCUGCUUGUCUUCUCCGUACUUUUCUUCUAUUUUUUUAGUUAUGUACUGUCCCAGCCUCUCAAAGACGAGGACGAGAUUAUACACAACGUGAGGCUUGAACGGGAACGCGAUAUUAGAAGACGUAGCGCUGUUCAUCCAUUUCGCAUCAACCUUGUUUACCUCGAUGUCAGCAAUAUCGCUAAUAUGGAUAUUAUAAAGCAAUUAUUAAGCGAGUCAAUCCUAUACUUCCAAGACACGUUACGAGUCAAACAUCCUGUGAAAAAUAUUCUCCUACAACGUAGAUGUGCCAAUGAUUCGUAUUUUUUAAAGGACGAGCAGGGAAUUUCGCRGGGAAAGGUUCGUUAUUGUAAAAUUGCUUGUGAGAAUGCGAAGCCUUCGUGCGGCCCAGCACGUGUGCCUGACAAAGACUUGGACGUGUGCCGUUUGUGUGAUGAAGAUGGGAAGAACUGUAAGGAAGAAGACGGCAAGACCAGUGGUGUUGGGUAUAAUAAUACUGACUUUGUGAUGUAUAUAACCGCAUCGAUCGACAAGUGUGACAAGCCAAAGACAGUAGCCUAUGCAGCUGUUUGCCAACAAGAGAUGACUGUGGAUAGACCAGUAGCGGGCUUUCUGAAUAUCUGUCCAAAUAAAGUGAAAAAUAUGACUCAACAGAGCUUGCAUAAUGAGUUGUUGGCCACUUUUAAACACGAAAUAUUUCAUGCAUUGGGCUUUUCUCCUUCACUUUAUGCCUUUUACCGCGAUAUUAGCGGAGCUCCUCUCACCGAUCGCCUUCCAAAUGGAAUGCCGGAGUACAGCGAAGUGUCAAAAUCAUACAUAGCUAGUGAAAAGGUUCUGAAGAAGAUUACCAGGAAGGAUUGGGAGAUCCGAUCAGAUCGUGGAAACAACGGCAAAAUGAAGCAUUCUGUGCACAUGAUUGUAACACCUAAAGUACUUGAUGAGGUGAAAAGACAUUUCAACUGCUCUACUCUAGAAGGAGCUGAACUAGAAAACCAAGGUGGCCCAGGAACAGAGAUGGCACACUGGGAAAAGAGGUUGUUUGAAAAUGAAGGCAUGACUGGUGCUUUUACCCAAAACUCUGUCUUCUCAAGAAUUACCCUAGCACUCAUGGAGGACACUGGAUGGUAUGAAGCAGACUACAGCAAAGCUGAGCUACUCAGAUGGGGGCAAAACCUUGGCUGUAAGUUUGUGAAAAAUAGUUGUAAGGCAUGGAUGACAGCUCAGAGUACUUCAAAUAAUAGUAUAAAGCCAUUUUGUCAGAGACUUAAGUCACAAAAGCAAGGUCUUCACACGAGUUGCUCGGUUGACAAGACAUCUGUUGCCAUGUGUAACUUGGUCAUGUAUAAUCAACCACUUCCCUUAGAAUACCAAUACUUUGAGUCUAGCAUAUUUGCCGAUGCAGAGAGAUAUGGUGGUUCUGUUGACUAUGCCGAUUUUUGUCCAUACUUCCAAGCUUUCACCUGGACGAGCCAAGGAGUUGCAGUACGUGGUUCGUCAUGCAUACAACCAUCUAACGAAAAACCAAAAGAUAAAAAUUAUGCUCUGGAAAAAUAUUCUUCAUCUGAAUCACGAUGCUUCGUCCAAGGUAAACCAUGGACUAAGACAAAAUGUAGCCGUCAGUGGAUAACUGUUGAUUGGGGUAGUGGGUGCUAUAAUUAUCAAUGUGAAAAUGAUGGGCUCAAGGUUAUUGUCGAGGGUUAUAAGUACACAUGUUUCCACAAAGGACAGGUUUUAUAUAUCCAAAUGCAAAGUUAUGAUAAUUGGAUUCAUCAAGGGACCAUAAUCUGUCCUGCCUGUAAGGACAUGUGUUAUGAUGCCCCUGGAACUUGUCCAGCUGAAGUUUUCGACCCCCCCAAAGAUUCACAGCCUAAACCUAUCCUCAGAUCAUAUCCUUGCUCAGGAAACACGUUUGGCUUAUCUAGUGCUUUAUUUAGUAUUUUAGCAAUUUUUGUUAUCUUUUUGAUAUAAUAUUAAUACUAUCCACAUUUUUAUUAUUUGAAUGAUGACUGGCAGUUGAUUGCCUCUCAGUUGAGUUUGGUAUCUCCAAUACUUUUGCUGCACAGAUUGAAUGUACAUUUCCAUCAAAGGCAACCACCACGACUAUCCAGGAGACUUAGCCAAUUAUAGCCAAAACUUUCUCGCAGACAAUAGACUCAUAGACUUAGCCAAUUAUAGCCAAAACUUUCUCGCAGACAAUAGACUCAUUGCAUGUGACCUCAAAGCAGCUCAAUUUGGAGGACAAAACAUAAUAAUUUUAUUCUCCUGAUCUCCUGAGAAUUGAAAACCUAUUGUUUUGCCCUCAGAACUCAGCUGCAUUUCGUGCUGCAAAGGGUUCAUUGGGGUUGUUGCCAGAAAGUUAGGAAAUACACAUCAAAUGUUGCAACAAAAAUUCUAGCAUUUGAAACUCAAUUAAGAGGUGUAAAAUCAAGUUCAUAUUGAACUGUCUUGCCUAUAUUUGUUUUUUGACAUUAAUAUUUUGUACUUUUAGAUUGUCAUCAGUAUGUACAGGCUAAUAUUUCUUACAUCAAAACAAUGUCUUUCCAAAAGAACCUUUUGUUCAGUCAAAGUUUGAAAAUCGUAUGACUUGUGGUACGGUAGUUAAUAGUUGCAUCGAAAGCUGCAUUUUUUUUGCACUUGCAUAGUCGUGAAUGUGGAAAAAUCUUAGUGUGUAGGGUAUACAUAUGUAGUGAUACACAACCUUAUUUUCAAUAGCUUCUAGAUGAAUAUAUAUGGUCAUAUUAUAUACAAGUGUUUUCAGAAAUGUAUAUAAUAAGAAUGUAUAUACAUGUAGAUAUUUGCAUACUGUACAUGCUAUAAUAAGCCUUUUCAUUCAAAGGCUUAUUGUCAUAAUUUUACACGAGAAUCUAAAUAUGUAACCAUAAGUGGUAAUCAAUAUCCUCAUACAUAUAAUUCUUACCCUGCUAGAAGAGCUUUCUUUAUCUGCUCAAGGACAGAGAGAAACACUCCUCAGUAGCCUGGAGAAGUAAAAGGAUAGGCUUUAAUAGCAGGUUAAUACGCAGGUAGCUGUGGAAAAAAAUUCUUAAAACUGGCUAAAUUAAAAAAAUAACCACAAAGAGCAAAAAAAGUGCUAUUUUCCUAAUGAUCAGGUAAAAUUUCAAGGCUUUAUUUCACGUUUCAAUGAUUUUAUUGAAAUUUUUGAAGAAUCCACAUACAUUUCCUUAUAACAUGACACUACAGAAACCAAGCUUGGGCUACCUGUGGUUAAUAUUUCUCAGUGCAAAUCCUUGGCUCAAAACAGCUAUAGCUCUGUAUAAUCUCAAAUAUUAAAUACCUUAUUUUAAUGAUCAAUCCAUUCAGCAUACAUCUCAUUCAUACACAUUUUUAACUAAUCUAAUAUUUACAGUAAAUGAUUAAUAUUUAUAAAUGAAAUCUCAAAAAAAAAAAAAAAUUCUCGACCAUAAAAAGGGUGAAAAUUGAAAACGUGGUAUAAAUAUUUUAGGAUAAGUAAUAAGACUGAAAGUAGUUAUAUUUGAUAUUUAUUAUUAAGUAUUAGCGAUUUAAGGUUUUUGCUAAUGAAUAGUAUAAUAUUUUUUAGAAUAAGUUUAAUAUUAGUGCUAAAUUAGUUAUCGCUGACUUAUUAGAUGUUAUAUUUAGAUGAAUGCAUACUUUAUUAUUAAGUCAAUGUUUGGACAUUUCUGGUUCUAAUCUUUUUGUAUGAUUUACAUUUUUAAUGAAGUAUUUAUAGUAACUUUUGAAUAUUUCUUCACUUGUAGUUAGCUCAGUCUGGGGAGAGGGGGUCAUAAAGUUUUUGUGUCAGCCAAGAAGGGAGGGUCAGAAGAAUUUGGACAGGCACUUCAAGAGAAUUGUUUAUAUUUAUAAUAAUAAUAAUAAUAACUUUAUUACAGUCUCUAUUUCUUCUAGCCGGGCACAAGUGCCCUACUAAUCGGGGAGACUAAUGGAUUGAGAUUUAUAAAUAAUGAAGUUGGUUUUUGCAGAUGGAGGAAAACUGAAGAUAGGAAAACCCUUGAAUAGGGCGUUUGCAGGAUGCCAUCAUUGACCUCUACUACCAAACUCCCUUGCAGACUUUCUUUUGUUCAGUUAAUUAGUACCAAUUUUCUUACUAUCCUGACUAUUCUCAUGAAGGAAUACAAAUUUAAAUAAAGAAAAUUUGCAAAGCAUCUUGGUAGUGGGAGUCAAAUGACGCCAUCAUGCAAACAUCCUAUUGCAAAGAGAAUGAACUAGAAAGUCUACUCACACGUUAUAACUGUGAUGGCAGGUUGCAUAAAUAUAAUGUUCAUCACAGGAAUGGAGGGUGGUCUAGCAGUAUUGCACAUGCCUUUUAUCUCUGGGGUCUUGGAUUCAAGUACUUGACAUGGGAUCAUGUUUGAGUAGAGUUUGUUAGGUCUAACCUUACUAAUAAGCCAAUUGUUUUCCUCCCUCCACAAAACCUAACAAAGCUAAAUUCCAUUCAAUCUGUGAGUUAGCAGUAUUUUCAUCAGUCCAGAGGUUGUUUGAGGGUUCCAUUUGCGAGUUGGCAGUGCCCUGACUUAGAUCAGCCCAGAGGUUGUUUCAGGGUUCCAUCUGUAAGUUAGCCGUGCCCUGACUUAGAUUAGCCCAGAGAUUGUUUCAGGGUAUCAAUAACAUUUAAAAAACAAUUGUGUGCAUUAUUGAAGUAAACUGUUCAAGAUUUUGUUCAGGAUUUUAUGCUAACUUUUUCCUUACAUUCAAUGCAUUUUUACACCUUGGUGGAAAAAACUAUUCAAAUGAUUGUAUAAACCAUACAUGUUCUUUAACAGUUUUCUAAGUAUUUGAAUAACAUUGCAGUAUUUUACAACUGAAAAUAUCUUGAAUAUUAACAUACUUAGUAAAGAAAAUAAUGAUAAUACUAUAUACUUUUCCCUAAGAAUUUUGUACCUAUUUUGCUGGCAUUUAUCUGAUAAGUUUGCAUACAUUUUUCACAUCCAUGGCACAACUGAUUAGUCAAAAACCAGAAAAGCUGAGAUUGCUGAGGAUCAUGGGAAACAGUUCAAGCAAAAAAAAAAGCUUUUGAUACAAUCUGCAGCUUGAGGAUGAAACUGUAACUGGUAAAAUAUCAGUUACCAAGCGGUUGCAACAUGUCAAGUGUCAAAUAUCUACCCAUAAUCCUUGUAGGUCUUAGCUCUCAAUAGACCUAUCCCGAAUUCGCUUGACUGACCAAGAAACAAUGGUUUGAAGUCGAGACUGAACUUGAUUCUUUUAUUCAUCAAGUUCAUCCUCGACUUAAAACCAUUGUUCCGUGACCAGUCAAGUGAAUAUUCGGGAUAGGUCUAUUGUAGCUUUUCAGAUGACUAACUUUAUUGAAAUAAGUAUAUAAUUAGUACUAGAUAGAUGAGGCAGUAAGCCGUGUGGGAUGCAUGGGCUCGGAUAUCAAAUAAGAACAUGCGUAAUAAGUAAAUUACGAGCCUUAGAUGAAACGACUGAAGAAGAGUGCCAUACAAGCCUUUCACAACUUCAAGUCGCGUAAAAAAUGAGCCAGCUCAACUAGAAACCGUGGACAGCUGUUUGUUUGACAUUGUCGUUUCAUCUAAGGCUUGUAAUUUACCUAUUACGCAUGUAUAUAUCUAGUAGUAGUAUUAGUAGUAGUAUUGAUGCAGCAUGUUGCAGUCAAAUGCACAGGCAGCCCAAAUAAGGCCAAAAGUUCUUCGAGUCUAUAGGCCAUGAGGCCAUAGUGUCAACUCUAUAAUCAUGUAAAUAAUGAUAAAAAUAUAUACAUAUUAAAAAUAUAGCCUUAAAAAUAAUAAUACUGAUGAUAAUCAAUAACAAUGAUAUUAUAUUACUCUGUAGACUGAGCUUCAAGAUAGCUAAAUACUGGGGUUAAAAUCUUGUAUUGUUACAAAGAAAUAAACAUUCUUGGGUUUAAUGCAGUGA